UGGAAGUACCUUUUUCAUGUGACACACUUUAAAACGAGGAUAGGUUAUCCCACUACUUUCUACAGGGAUAGGGUGGCCCUUGUUUUCAGUAAAUAAAUGCAUUGAAAGUAAGUUUUCUUCACUUGAAAUGUUUCUAACACCUUUAAGAUAUCUACUACUCAGAUAUCUAUGUAUUUGAUAAAAUAAAAAGACAAGUUUAGAAAAAAACUGAAUCUUUAGAAAGAAAACCAGCCUGUUGCGUAAUGGUUUCGUCCAGGUGUUUGAGCCUGAGGUGUUUCUGUCGUCUGUUUUUCUGCUCGGCUGUGAUACUCACCUGUUGUACUCCAGAAGUUGUCGACUUUACCUUCUUUAUUAUAUUAUAAUGUCUUUACUGUUAGGACGUUUGUAUGUUGAUGUUGCUGCUUGGUUGAUUGCCCACGAAUGCUGAGGACUGGAAUCUUUUUUUUUUCUGAAAAAAAUCGACCGUAGAGAAGGGACAUCUUAAACGACUGCCGCCUUCACAGACAUGGAAUCUUCUACGAAGGACCAGAGCGACAAUUUGCGCGGUGUAAUCGACACCUGCGGAAUCUGCUGCGAGAAACUUUGCCUUUACAAGACUCUCUCGUGUCAACAUCGCUUCUGUGUUAUCUGUCUGGAGAAAUACGUCAAAGCCAGGGACGAAAUUGUCUGCCCCGUGUGUUCCGAGACGAUUCCAUUACCGGAUGGGGGUGUGGAGGGUCUGCCCUCCUAUUACUUCAUCGAUUUAGACAAAGAUUCCUGUGGAAAAGACCAGAAGAAGCGAUUCGCCGCGAGCAAGUUGAAGUGGGACGAAUCGUGCUUCUCCUGCGACCAUUUGUCCGGCGGUGACGUGAAAGGCAGCCCCACGGAGGAUAACAACGCCCUCGAGCGGAGAAGAUUAGAACUGCACAGAAUGUUGCUAGACUUUUCUGCGAGCUCCAGGCGAGGCAGAGGACGAGUUUGUGUGGCUUGUCAGAAACUAAUGGAUGGCUUCAGGACAGGCAAGCAGGCGAUUGUAGGCGGGGUGAAGGAUCGCGUCGUGAGAGCUAGAAAGGCCAUACAAUCAACAAAAAUCCCAAAGGUACUAACCUGGCAUUCUCCAACUUUGAGGGAAGAGAAUGUGCCAGAAAGAAUUAAAAUUCUUUUGUUGGGCGACAGCGGAAGCGGCAAAUCUUACCUCCUCAACAAGUACGUUGACCGAUCGGACGAUGACCCUGGGCCGACACUGGGCCUCGACUUUAGAACGAAAGACUUGACAGUGGACGGCAGACAGGUGAAACUGCAGUUGUGGGACACUUCUGGACACGCGAGAUUUCGGUCCCUGAUCUCGCGAUACUUCAGGCAGGCCGACGCCGUGGUUCUCGUUUACGAUACGUCACAUCCGGGAUCCUUCCAGAGCAUUCAAACGUGGCGGGAAAUCUUCCUCAAACAUGCGCCCGCCAAUCAGAGCGAAGGAAGUGUUGACAUCAUUCACAUAAAGGAGGCCCACUCGGUGGAGAAUUCAUCCUUCAAGCUGUUGGCCAGCCUUCAGAUGAGCGCUCAGGAGUCUUCCAAAACGGUCAAAUCAUUCGUCGACAACAUCAUGAUGAACGUUAAGGGAGCCGCAGAACGAGCUGGACAAGGGUUGAGAAGUCUCGCGAGAAAGGGCGAGACUAGUGAAGAUAGCGACGUCGAGACAUCGGGUUACGUCAGUGACGCUGAAAAUGCUGCUGGUGUGACCUUCAUGGUUCUCGGGAACAACAGGUCAACAGAUGACUCUAAGGACAGUUAUAGCGACGCAGAGGCGUGGUGCCGUAGCAACAAAAUCCGGUAUCACGUGACCAGCUCCCAGAAUGCAACAGAGCUCGACAUGGCCUUCCUCGGUCUAGUCAAUGACGUCAUCGCCGGGAGGGAGCAUGCGCCGUGAAAGAAAAUAUCAUCGUAGAUACUUUGUGCAGAAAACAUUAAGGGCGAAGAAAUAGAUAGAUAAGGCGUCGGGCAUCUUUAAUAUAUGGAUCAUCUUCAAUAUAUUAUUCAGCGCUAGGGGCUGAGGCAUCCGUCUUGUUCGUUUGUUUAUUACUUGUUUAUGGCAAUCCAAUACUAGGGACAUUUGCAUCAGUGGUGUUAAUAUGUUACUUGUACUGUAUAGGAAAUUAUAAUAAAGAAUACGUCUGGUCGCUACA